GGGAACGGCUGCUCCCGCUGAGAACUGACAGCGCCAGCGCCGUGCGGCUGCGGGGACCGGCCCCGAGGGAUUACAAUGGUUGACACAGAAAUGCCGUUUUGGCCCCUGAAUUUUGGAAUCAGCCCCGUGGAUCUGUCAGCCAUGGAUGAUCACACACAUUCCUUUGACAUCAAGCCCUUCACCACCGUCGACUUCUCCAGCAUUUCCUCUCCUCACUAUGAAGAUCUCCCCCUUGCCAGAGCUGACCAGUCAGGCCUGGAUUACAAAUAUGAUAUCAAGCUCCAGGAUUGCCAAAGUGCCAUCAAGCUGGAGCCUCCAUCCCCGCCCUAUUUCCCAGAGAAGGUGCAGCUGUACAACAAAGCUCAUGAGGAGGCGUCCAACUCGCUGAUGGCCAUCGAGUGCCGCGUGUGCGGCGACAAAGCCUCCGGCUUCCACUACGGCGUGCACGCCUGCGAGGGCUGCAAGGGAUUUUUCCGCAGAACCAUCCGGUUGAAGCUGAUUUACGACAGGUGUGACCUGAACUGCCGCAUCCACAAGAAGAGCAGGAACAAAUGUCAGUACUGCAGGUUCCAGAAGUGCCUGGCUGUGGGGAUGUCACACAAUGCCAUCAGGUUCGGGCGGAUGCCGCAGGCGGAGAAGGAGAAGCUGCUGGCGGAGAUCUCCAGCGACAUCGAGCAGCUGAACCCCGAGUCGGCCGACCUGCGCGCGCUGGCCAAGCACCUCUACGACUCCUACAUCAAGUCCUUCCCUCUGACCAAAGCCAAGGCGAGGGCCAUCCUGACAGGAAAGACGACAGACAAAUCAGUUCCUCAGCCCUUCGUUAUUUAUGACAUGAACUCUUUGAUGAUGGGGGAAGACCAGAUCAAGUGCAAGCACGUGUCCCCACUGCAGGAGGAGAACAAGGAGGUGGCCAUCCGCAUCUUCCAGCGCUGCCAGUUCCGCUCCGUGGAGGCCGUGCAGGAGAUCACCGAGUUCGCCAAGAACAUCCCGGGCUUCGUCAACCUCGACCUCAACGACCAAGUGACUCUGCUCAAAUAUGGGGUCCACGAGAUCAUCUACACCCUGCUGGCCUCCCUGAUGAAUAAAGAUGGGGUUCUCAUAUCCGAUGGACAGGGGUUCAUGACGCGGGAGUUCCUGAAGAGCCUGAGGAAACCUUUUUGUGACUUUAUGGAGCCCAAGUUUGAGUUUGCUGUGAAGUUCAAUGCACUGGAAUUAGAUGACAGUGACCUGGCAAUAUUUAUAGCUGUCAUUAUCCUAAGUGGAGACCGCCCGGGGUUGCUAAAUGUGAAGCCCAUUGAAGACAUUCAGGACAACCUUUUGCAAGCCCUGGAGCUGCAGCUGAAGCUGAACCACCCUGAGUCCUCGCAGCUGUUUGCAAAGCUGCUGCAGAAAAUGACGGACCUGAGGCAGAUCGUGACGGAGCACGUGCAGCUCCUGCAGGUCAUCAAGAAAACCGAGACGGACAUGAGCCUCCAUCCUCUGCUCCAGGAGAUCUACAAGGACCUGUAUUAAUGAGCAGAGCAGCUGUUAUCCCCUGACAUGAUGUAUGUUCUUCAGAUUGCACUAUUUCUAUGAGGGAAAAACUUGGCGUACCUAAGAGAUUACUGUGAAACAGCAUUUAAAAAGAGAGAGCUUAGUAUAGUAGAUCUAUUUUAUGCAUAUUGUUUAUAAAGACACAUUUACAAUUUACUUUUAAUAUUAAAAGUAUCUAUAUCAUGAAAUUGUUGGCAGUAUUUUCAGAAUUAAUUUUUUUAACUACGUUAUUUCUUACAAUCGCUU